AUGACCGAGGAGCGAGCCAAGGCGCAGGCGACGGAGGAGGUCGCGCGCAUCCUCGGCGCGACGCGCGGCGAGGAGCCCUGCGACGCCGUCCAACGACACGCCGCGGCGUCGGGCCGCUGGCUCGUCGACGCGCUGCGCUCCGCGGCGCCCCCGGCGCCCCCGGCGACGCUGCUCCGACUCCUCCGGAAGACGUCGCAGCUGAGGCUGCGGUCCGCGCUGCCCGACGACGACGCGGCCGUCGCGCCUCUCGUCGCGGCGCGCUUCCGCGCCAUGCUCCCGGAGCGGAAGACGUCCCAGCGGAAGACGUUGGAGUCGCUCGACCUCGCGGGCUGGUUCGCCGCGCAGCAGAUCUGGCUCGACCCGCGCGGCGUCGUCCUCGACAAGGAGCCCGCGCUCGUCGCGCCGUGGCGCCGCUUGCUCGACAGCGGGCGGACGGUGCUCGAGCUCCAUGCCUCGAACGAGCUCUUCGGGCCGUUGAACGCCUUCCUGGACGCGACGGACGACUCCCACGAGGAGCUCGACGCGGCCGCCGGGUGCCGGGACUGGCAGGUGUCGUCCGACGUGCGCCACGCGAACUCGCGGGCCGCCGCGCAGCGCGGCGUCGACGCGCUCGACGCCGCGGCCCGGAAGCGCGUGGGCCGGCGCCAGCUCGCGGGCGCGCGCUUCAACAGCCGCCGCUUCCGCGAGGACCUGGUGCCCGGGGUCAAGGGCCACGUGCCGCGCGCCGCGGACGCGCGCGGCCGCGUCCACGGCUUCGUCCACCUCCUGCGGCGGACCGGCGGCGCGUGCCCGGGCCUCAGCGACCUCGCGGGCUGCUUCGGCGGCAACGCGCCCUGGGCCUACGCGCUCAACGACUGCACGAACCUGGACCUCGAGCACAUCGCCGCGUUCUGCGGCCUCUCGAUCCUCCUGGGCGGCGCCGAGGGCGACGCGAGGGAGCACGCGAUCUGCGCCUGCUCCGCGUUCGCCGCGGCGCCCGAGGCCGUCGACGCGCUCCUGGCGUGGUUCGCGCUGACGCCGCGCAUCGGCCGGACCGAGGAGCCGCCGGAGGGGCCCCACCCGUGGAGCGACCUCUUCCUCGGCGACGACGGGACGCCCGCCGUGCCCGAGCUGUUCGACUACGUGCUCAGCGACACGCCCGUCCCUGCGACGCCGGCGCAGCUGACGACGAGCAUGGAGUACUGCUGGAUCAUGCUCGAGGGGCCGCUCGCGGUCGCGACGCUGGUCUGCGGCGCGCGGUGCGGGUGGUCCGCGGGCCGGGCCGGGCGCGACCAGGCCUCGGGCGCGCUGGUCCCGCACCCGGUCCAGGCCACGGUCGCGGCGUCCGCGCACCUCCCGGGCUUCCUGGACCGCCUCCUCGAGUUCGUGUUCCUGUCGUUCGAGGACCCGAACCCGCCGGGCGUCGCGGGCCUCGCGGCAAAGGUCGGCCUCUCGGCGACGGAGGCCCCGCUUCUGAGCAUCGGCGAAAUCGNCGCGCGCUGCCUCGUCGCGCUCUGCCAGCGCGUGCCCGCCGCC